AUGGCUGUAGCUGGGACUUUGGCCGACAUUUUCCGUCCACAAGCGGUCCUGGAAAUUGAUGAAAGAUUUUUGCGUUUUACAUCUGAAGAAGCUCAGAUGGCACAAGAUGCUCUUUUGGCUCAAUCUCUCAUGGCUGAGCAGAGACAGAUCAUCAAGCAGCCCCCCAGAAAUACUUACAAACAGGUCACCAUAAUUAAAGUAGAUCGAGCUGAGCUGGUGAAAAACUAUGGUAUGGUUAAAAUGGAUCCAUAUUGCAAAAUUACCAUUGAACAAAGCGUUUUUGAGACCCCCUCAUGCUACAGCGCAUCAACAAAACCAGUGUGGAACAGAAUUAUUCGUUGCCCAACUCAGUCAAUAAUUCGCAGCUUCUUGAUUGAAGUUAUGGAUGAGAACCAAUUUUACGCUGAUAGCCGGAUAGCCUUUUGCCAUGUCGAGUUAACAGAAGAAAUGAUGCAGUCACAAGAAUUCCACACUUUAACUCUUCCGCUGAGCGGAGAGCAAGGUGAAGGAAAAGAAGGCUUUCUGUUUGUUCAAGUAAAAGUUCAAGAUGUAGAGAAACUUCAAUCGGAAAUCAUGGCUCAAAUGGAACUUGCUGCAUCAGUGACUCAUCCACCUGUUAGCUCGGAGUCAAGUAAUAGUACGCCAGCGUCUGGGCCUGAUACUGUAGACGAUGAAUCGGAAGUUCAAUAUGUUCCAACCUUAGAUGAAAUAAAACAGCUGGCUGAAAUGUUUCCUACAAUUGAGGAGCAGGUUAUUCGAAGUGUUUUGGAAGCAACUGAGGGUGACAUGAUGAACAGUAUUAAUUCGAUGCUUUCUCUUACAGCUCAGGAUGAUACAGCUACUGCACCACCGCAGGAUACAUCAACCAGAAUUGCGAAUGAUGGAGCGGGAGAACCGCAGCCAGUUGAUUUGUAA